CGAAGUGAAAGAAGUAAUGGAAUUCAAGCUAUGGCUAGUAGGUCGUUUUAUGGCGGAGAACCUAGGCAGGUUGGGCACCAGCCUCAAACCUCAACUUCUCAUCUCUCGUACCCUAUGACAAUUACCUCGAGAAUGCCGUCCAAUGGUCCACAAAACCAUGUGGAGAUGUCCGGGGCGCCUUUGUCUAUGUCGGGUAUGCCCAAUUCUGCCGCAAUUUCUCUUCCCCAAACGUCAACUGCUGGGGCCGGAGGUCUUGGCCCUACCCCAGCUCCAUUACCUACAGCUACUGCUACCGGGAGGGGGGAUUUUGGGUCAUUCACGGGAUACACUACUCCUAUGCCCCCCAGUCCAUUUGCGAUGCCUGCUAGCCUGCCAACCGUUCUUCCGCCUGUGGGAGACGGAACCCGCGACUCAAGGCGCCAAAAUCUGCAGAAUGGAAGGGAUGAACCCACGAGGGCAGAGGAUGCCUUACGGGGGGGGUUGAGCAGGGCUUUAUCUAGUGGGUUGUCAAGUAUAGUAGGAGAGGAAGAAAGGAGAAGGCGUGUGGAAAAGGAAAGGGAUGGGAAUGCUCGGGUGAGCGGCCCCAACGCCGGGAAUCAAAGCCCCAAUAAGCGGCUGAGCUCAGGCUUUAGUAUUGGCAUGGGCAUGCCGAAUAUGGCCAAGAGUUGGGAUGAUUCCAUCCAGAAGGCUUUCCCUGAGGCCAAUAGGGAAGGUGGGAAACCUUCCAAUGCAUUGGGCAAAAGGGAAAGGGACGAGGAAGAAGCUGGGAAACUGGAAAAGAAGAAAAAGCACCACCAUCACCAUUCGCUGCACGCUGUCCAUCACCAUCGUCAUCAUCAUAAGGUUGACGAUGAGCCAGCAGGGUCAGGCCUCGAGAUCCCGUUGGCAAGGGCUGGAGCGCGAUCCAAGUCACCCAACAGUAUGGCCAUGGCUCAUCCGCAUCAUGUUCAUCAAGUGACUGUCCACCAUCACCAUCCUGCUGCUGUUUCACCGGCCCCUCCCCCGCAAAGGGUCAAGACAAGUCUACUCAUAGAUUCAUCUAAGGUAUUGGCUAGCCUGGCUUCGAAACCAAGGCAGUAUCUCGGCUCAACGAUAUAUCAACCCACACCGACCCCCAAACAAGGAUUGUCGGUAACGCAGCCAUUGCUGCCGCGAUUCGAAGGCAGAGAGAAUUGCAUCUUUCAGGUUCGAAUUCCACGUAGGUUCCUCAGUGCGGAGCAGAGGAGAGAUGUGCACAGACGUAGAUGUGUGUGGGGUACGGAGGUCUAUACGGACGAUUCCGAUGUUCUGGGGGUAUUGGUACAUCUUGGAAAGGUUCCCGGAGUGCUUCCGGAGGGGGCCACCCCAGAUCUUGUAGCAGAGACCGGGUGCAGGAAGACUACCAGUCGGGGAGACAUCACAAACAUGCUUUCAACAAUCCCAUCGCCGGUCAGGAAGAAGGGCAAAGGGGCGCAUGCAGCGGAUGAAGGGCCAACCAUCCAACCGGGGAAGGAUCUUAUUGUGAACCUUCUCAUCCUACCGACGCUGCAGAAGUAUACCGGGUCCGUGCGAAACGCGUUAAAGUCCCGCAGCUGGAACACUAUCCAUGACGGCAUGAGCUACUCGAUUUGGGAUAUGGAGUGGGUGGAGGCAGGCGAGGCCGAAGCCAGAGGCGGUGGCAGCAGAAAGCGCCGGCUUGACGAGAGAGAGUGGGUGAGAAGAUGGGGUGAACUCCCACCCAGCAGAGGUGGAGGUGGCGUAGGAAAGGUGGGGUGGAACAAGGGGAGGUGGUCGGAGAGCAAGACGGGGAUGAGAAAAGGCAAUGUUACAGAGGUAGGAGCUUGAUUUUGUUUUUCACUAGGAUUUGCUUUCUUGCUUCGUUUGACAAGGAAGAGACGGCGCCGAACGGAAAAGUUUGACUUUUUUUUCUUCUUCUCAACCCCUCCCCCCCUUCCCCUGAUCGCGAAACAAUAAAUUGCCUAUCCAAUUUUUACCAUAGUUUUUUACCUUCUUUUUUCCUCUUUUCUCCUUACUAUUCUAUUUCUAUGGAUUUCCUUGAGCCGUUUGGGAGGAUAGCUUUCGCUCUACGAUCAUCUGCUCUACUUUGCGACUGUGCGAUACGAUUGAUUCAUUUUUCCAUAUCUAUAUCGGUGGGCGGUGUUUUUAUAGUAUCGUAACCAGUACUUCCUUUCUUCCUUCCUUUCUUGCCAUCUUCAUUCUUGUGAUAUUCAUUCAUUCAUUCAUUCAUCAUUAUCAUCAUA